AUGCAGGAUGCUCUGUCGUGUCUGCUUCAGAGUCUCUGCGCUUGUACCCGCCAGCAAAGGACACUGAGCUGCCCGCCGGCGCCAGAUCUGGUCCAUCCGUGUCAAUCCCUAUCAUGGCGACGAGAACAAGCAUAA